AAUAAAUAGGAGUCCGCUCUUCCCAUUCUUGCAUCAAGAAACCAAGAAAGUGAGUUGGAGUGAUCAAGCUUUGUAGCUACCAACUUUCGAGAAGAGAGAGUAAUCAGCCCACAAUUUUUUUCGAGUCAAGACAAUGUCUGAGCCGGAGUCCUGCGGUGGCUUGAAUGGGUCCGGCGAGGACAAUGCCGGGGGAGAAAAGGGCAAGAUGGUGGCGGAGAAUGUUGACACGAGUGAUGAAGAGACUACUGAUGAUCAAGAAGGUGAACCGGCGGCGGAGGAGGUUGACAACACCACCACCCGCCGCAGCACCCUCGACUGCUUGGCUUCACUGGAAGCAGCCCUUCCGAUGAAGAGGGGGCUGUCGAGCCACUACGAUGGGAGGUCGAAAACCUUUGGCAACCUGAGCGAAUUAUCCCUGGACAAUGCCAAAGACCUGGGGAAGAGAGAGCACGCCGUGAACAAGCGCCGCAGACUGCUUCUUGCCCACGAAUACCGCGAUAAACCCUUUCACCCUGGCGGCGGCGACGACGGCGGCAGCAGCAGCAGUUCCACCAUGACUCACACAUCGUCGAUGCCCCUUUUGCCCACUCUUCAUCACCAUCCCAAGAACGAAGAGGAUGAGGAGGAGGAGGAGGGGAAGAAAAAGAGCAGUGAUAGUGAGAAUCAAGAAAAUUAUGGCUAGUGAUCAUCAACUCUCAACUUAUCAUCACCCUCUUCAUUCUCAUCCCAAGUUAAUUUUCAGACACAAUUAUUGUUGUACAUAUACAUAUAUAUAGGAGAGAGUGAAAAUUCUUUGAUUGUUUAUGUUAAGGUAGCUUUGCAAUUCAUCGUUAACUGUUUUAGACAUAAUUGUUGUGCAUUUCAGACGAGCUACCAAUCACCAUUAGAUGUACUGACCAACUGUUGUUUGAUUA